AAUGGGAGCAACGACGAUGCGCAAGAGGCCAAGUUGGCUAUUGCCUGUGAAGAGGACCCAUCUGUGCAAGGUUGUUGCUUGUGGACCACGUAGCUUGUCCGGUGCUGCUGCGAACAAACAAUGUGAUUGUUGCUGAAACGAACAGAUAAUUCGGAUAGAAUUUAAAAGAUCCAUUCUUUGUGAAGAUGCUAUGCAACUACUCCCACCAAGGACUUGAGCAUCAUAUCCUAGCUGCCAGAAACAAGUAGGAGUAGAUGCGCAACCUGACAAUGUUGCUGUUGUUUUUGUGACAAGUCUCCACCACGAUCGUGCUUAGUCAGCAAUGUUCCAACGUCAUCAGAAUUCUCUCCACCCAUUUCAAUGCUGUCCCGAUCCAUCUCAUGCCCGCUUCCACUGAGACAUACCCAUGCAAGUCAAAAGCAUGUGCCAUCCAGGCUUGCUUGAUCCGUCAUAAUUUCGACUCAACAAGGUGCGCCGAAGAGCAACGAGCGUUCGAAGAGUGCUGCCGUCAAGCCCUUGACGAGCGGAAUGAAUCGGCAAGGGAAGCCUGCGGGUUUGUCUGGAAACGCUGGGAAAGGGAAGCCAAAAGCUCCACUAGAUAGGAAACACUGAGACCAAAUGUCUCAGGACUUUACCGGUGGAGGUCUCAACCGAUUUCAGAGCUCCACGGUUCUAUGCUGCUCUUCUUGGAAUGUUUGCGCUCAGUCUUUCACGGAGAAUGGUUUUGGUGCCUGCUCCAUUUGUCAGGGCGAGGUCAAGGGAACCACUUCAAAGACUUGCUGGAAUUCUGCCCACACCCCUUGAGACCUCCUUUUUACAAAGAUCAGCUAGGUUGCAGUGUAGAACCCAAUAUUACCCGAAACAAUUACUAUGUGAUUAUACCCUGAUUUUGCUGUCAUCAUUUGCUGUCGUUCAUUUUCUGGGCACCCUGACACCAGCACGGCUACGAUUUUAAGGCUUGUGAGGCACCGGUGUUUUUUUGUUUUUUUUCUGGGGCUUCCAGUGACCCGAGCCUGAUUACACCCCAAGAUGGAACCCAAGAGGCCAUACGAUCGCUCGUAUUAGAAUCUUCCGAGUUCCAGUUCCAUAUUCCGGAGAUGGUUUCUCCACCGGCACUCUUCUUCGUUCUCACAUCACGAAUAUUCCACGAAGCAAUGGCGCAUAAUCCAAUGGGAAACUGCAAGGCACUUCGACUCCCACACAGCUCCGGAUGUUUUGCGCUUUGUUUCUCGUGAAGACCGAAAAGAUCGAGAUCCGUAACUGCCAUAUUCACAUCUCUGACACCUCUUCGGCUAUAAAAAGGGGAAUUUCUGCCUUCCCUAGACCAUACUACCAGCGUUCUACUCUUGAGCUUUCUACCUUUCAUCCCGCUACUUGUCGCUGUCGAACCGCAUUUGCCUGGCAACCAUGAAAGUUAUCUACCUUCUCGCGGCGUCGAUCGCUCCCUUCAUUGCGGGCACAUUGGCCAUGCCUGCAGCUGAUGCUGCCCAUCAAGAGGCGGAAGUGGCUGGCUGGAAGUUUCCCAAGAAGAUAGAUAACAACUUGAAGAAAGAUCAGAAUAACAACAACUUUGCUAACAACCAGAACAACAAUAAUUUCAACAAUAACAAUCUGAAGAAGGACCACCUUGCCGCGCAUAACAACAACAAUGCAUUGACAAAGAAGAACCAAAACAACAAUAUUAAGAAAGAUCACAAGAACUUGAACAACGCAAAUGCAUUUAAUAACAAUCAGAACAAGAAGAAUUUCAAUAACAACUUGAACAACCUCGGCAAAAACUUCAAGAAACUCGACGUCGAUGCUGCUGCAGUGGAUGAAGAUGACGUAGAAACCGCAGGAGGCAAAAAGUUUGGCGGCUACGGUCCCUACGGCUACGGUCCCUACGGCUACGGCGGUUACGGCGGUUACGGCAAGAAGAAGUUCGGGCCGUUCGGUUACGGAAGAUACUACGAUGCGGACGCCGCUGCUGACGAUGUUGCCGAAGUAGACGCUGCUGCAGUGGACGAAGAUGCUGUAGAAACCGCAGGAGGCAAAAAGUUUGGCGGCUACGGCCCCUACGGGUACGGCGGUUACGGCAAGAAGAAGUUCGGGCCGUUCGGUUACGGAGGAUUCUACGAUGCGGACGCCGCUGCAGAUGAUGUUGCCGAAGUAGACGCUGCUGCAGUGGACGAAGAUGCUGUGGAAACCGCAGGAGGCAAAAAAUUCGGCGGCUACGGCGGCUAUGGCAAAGGCAAAAAAGGUCUCUAUGGCGGCUAUGGUCUCGGCAAGAAAGGCAAGAAAGGCAAGAAGUUUGGACCGUUCGGCUAUGGAGGAUAUGGGGGCUAUGGAUAUUACGAUGCGGAUGCUGCUGCAGAUGAUGUUGCUGACGUUGACACCGCGGCAGUUGACGAGAAUGAGGUUGAAACUGCAGGUGGAUGGUUUCCCAAAAAGAUUGAUAACAAGAAGAAAGAUCAAAAGAACCUAAACAAUAAUCAAUUCAACAAUAACAACAACCAAUUCAACAAUAACAAUCUGAAAAAGGACCAUCUUAACGCGCAAAACAACAAGAAUGUGCUGGCCAAGAAGAACCAAAACAACGAUAUUAAGAAAGAUCACAUCAACACGAACAAUAACAACUUCAAUAACAACAACCAGCAGAAAAAUGCCAACAACAACAACCACCAUCAACUGAAAAAGGACUUGAAGGUGAUCUAAGCUGUUGACGACCAUAGUUCUGUAGUGAUUAGUAUCAUUUCGUCGCUUAGUUCGGUCUUGUAUCAUAAGAUCAAUACAUUGAUACUUUGGUGAA